GCGGCUGUCGGCGCCAUGGGGACCGCAUCGUCGCUCGUGAGCCCCGCGGGCGGGGAGGUAAUCGAGGACACGUACGGGGCAGGCGGCGGAGAGGCCUGUGAGAUCCCGGUGGAGGUGAAGCCCAAGGCUCGCCUGCUGCGCAGCUCGUUCCGCCGGGGCACGGGAGCUGCGGCUGCAGGGGCCGGGCCCGGGUCGCUGCCCCGCGGGGCCGGCGGCGGCGGGCUGCUGGGGGCCAGCUUCAAGUCCACCGGCUCGUCGGUGCCGGAGCUGGAGUACGCGGUGGCCGAGUACGAGCGGCUGAAGAAAGAGUACGAGAUCUUCCGGGUCAGCAAGAACCAGGAGUUGCUGUCCAUGGGCCGCCGCGAGGCCAAGCUGGACACGGAGAACAAGCGGCUGCGGGCCGAGCUGCAGGCACUUCAAAAAACUUACCAGAAGAUACUUCGGGAAAAGGAAAGUGCUUUAGAAGCCAAAUACCAAGCAAUGGAGAGAGCAGCUACGUUUGAACAUGACAGAGAUAAAGUUAAAAGGCAAUUCAAGAUUUUUAGGGAGACCAAGGAAAAUGAAAUUCAGGACUUAUUGAGGGCCAAGCGAGAGUUGGAGAGCAAACUUCAAAGGCUACAGGCUCAGGGGAUCCAAGUAUUUGAUCCUGGGGAGUCUGAUUCAGACGACAACUGUACAGAUGUUACUGCUGCUGGAACCCAGUGUGAAUAUUGGACUGGCGGGGCCUUGGGAAGUGAGCCUUCCCUAGGGAGUAUGAUCCAGCUACAGCAGUCCUUCAGGGGCCCUGAGUUCGCCCAUAGCUCUAUAGAUGUGGAAGGACCCUUUGCAAAUGUCAACAGAGAUGAUUGGGAUAUUGCUGUAGCUAGUUUAUUACAAGUCACUCCCUUAUUUUCACAUUCUCUGUGGAGUAACACUGUCAGAUGUUACCUCAUUUAUACAGAUGAAACCCAACCUGAAAUGGAUCUUUUCCUGAAGGACUAUUCACCCAAACUUAAAAGAAUGUGUGAGACAAUGGGAUAUUUUUUCCAUGCUGUAUAUUUUCCAAUAGAUACUGAAAACCAAUACCUCACUGUAAGAAAAUGGGAAAUUGAGAAGAGCUCAUUAGUUAUCUUAUUCAUUCAUUUAACUUUACCAAGGCUUUUGUUGGAAGACUGUGAAGAAGCUUUUCUGAAAAACCCUGAAGGCAAACCACGAUUAAUUUAUCAUCGUUUGGAGGAUGGGAAAGUCAGUUCCGACUCUGUCCAACAACUGAUUGAUCAAAUUUCUAACCUGAACAAGACCAACAAAGCCAAGAUCAUUGAUCACUCAGGAGAUCCCGCAGAAGGAGUAUAUAAAACUUAUAUUUAUGUGGAAAAGAUUAUUAAACAGGACAUUUUAGGCUUUGAAACCACAGAUCUGGAGAGUAAGGAUUUGGGCAGCGAAGAUUCUAUUCCAGAAGAAGACGACUUUGGUGAUGUUCUCUGGGACAUACAUGAUGAACAAGAGCAAAUGGAAGCUUUUCAACAGGCUUCAAAUUCAGCCCAUGAGUUGGGAUUCGAGAAAUAUUACCAGCGCCUUAAUGACCUAGUGACAGCACCGGCACCGAUUCCUCCCCUCCUGGUGUCUGGAGGACCAGGUUCUGGAAAGUCCCUUCUUUUAUCAAAAUGGAUUCAGUUACAACAGAAGAAUUCCCCUAACACACUAAUUCUUUCUCAUUUUGUGGGGAGGCCCAUGUCAACCAGCUCAGAGUCUUCCUUGAUUAUUAAACGACUUACUCUAAAGUUGAUGCAGCACUCAUGGUCGGUCUCUGCUCUGACACUGGAUCCUGCUAAGCUCUUAGAGGAAUUUCCUCGUUGGCUAGAAAAACUCUCUGCCCGUCAUCAAGGCAGCGUCAUCAUCAUUAUUGAUUCUAUAGAUCAAGUUCAGCAAGUUGAAAAACACAUGAAAUGGCUGAUAGAUCCACUGCCAGUGAAUGUAAGAGUAAUUGUUUCUGUGAAUGUAGAAACAUGCCCUCCAGCAUGGAGGUUAUGGCCUACACUUCAUCUUGAUCCUUUAAAUCCGAAAGAUGCAAAAUCUAUUAUAAUUGCAGAAUGCCACUCUGUAGACAUUAAAUUGAAUAAAGAACAGGAGAAGAAGCUAGAACGACACUGUCGUUCUGCUACAACCUGUAACGCCCUUUAUGUCACUCUUUUCGGCAAAAUGAUUGCACGUGCUGGGAGAGCAGGCAAUUUAGAUAAAAUCCUUCAUCAGUGUUUCCAGUGUCAAGAUACUGUUUCUUUAUAUAGACUUGUUCUGCAAUCUAUCCAGGAGUCCAUGGCAAAUGAUAUGGAUAAAGAGCUAAUGAAACAGAUUCUCUGCCUCGUCAAUGUUAGUCACAAUGGUGUGAGUGAGUCAGAACUGAUGGAACUCUAUCCUGAGAUGUCCUGGGCUGUCCUGACCUCCCUUAUUCACAGUUUACACAAAAUGUGUUUGUUGACUUAUGGUUGCGGCUUGCUCAAGUUUCAGCAUCUACAGGCUUGGGAAACAGUGAGACUGGAGUACAUGGAAGAUGCCACCAUUAUUUCUUCACAUAGGCAAAAACUAAUCAACUAUUUCACCAUGCAGCUAAGUCAGGACCCAGUGACUUGGAGAAGUGCAGAUGAACUCCCAUGGCUUUUUCAGCAGCAGGGAAGUAAACAAAAGUUGCAUGAUUGCCUUCUCAAUCUCCUUGUGUCUCAAAACCUUUAUAAAAGAGGACACUUUGCUGAGUUGCUGAGCUACUGGCAGUUUGUCGGCAAAGACAAAAGUGCGAUGGCAGCAGAAUACUUUGAUUCACUGAAGCAGUAUGAGAAGAACUGCGAGGGCGAGGAGAGCAUGAUUUGCUUAGCAGAUCUCUAUGAAACUCUGGGACGCUUUCUCAAAGACCUAGGCCUGCUCAGUCAGGCGGUGGUGCCUUUGCAGAGGUCUCUAGAAAUUCGAGAAACGGCUUUAGAUCCAGAUCACCCACGAGUAGCUCAGUCCCUCCACCAAUUGGCAAGUGUGUACGUGCAGUGGAAGAAGUUUGGCAAUGCAGAACAACUGUAUAAACAGGCUUUGGAAAUCUCCGAAAAUGCCUAUGGUGCAGACCAUCCACAUAUUGCUCGUGAACUUGAGGCCCUUGCAACUUUGUACCAGAAACAAAAUAAAUACGAACAAGCUGAACAUUUUAGGAAAAAAUCUUUUAAAAUUCGUCAGAAAGCUACAAGGAGAAAAGGCAACUUGUAUGGAUUUGCCCUUUUGCGGAAACGGGCCCUACAGUUAGAAGAGCUUACUUUAGGCAAGGACACACCUGACAAUGCUCGGACCCUCAAUGAACUGGGUGUUCUCUACUAUCUUCAGAAUAAUUUGGAAACAGCUGACCAGUUUCUGAAGCGUUCCUUAGAAAUGAGGGAGCGAGUUCUAGGACCCGAUCACCCUGACUGUGCCCAGUCUUUGAAUAACCUGGCGGCUCUAUGCAAUGAAAAGAAACAGUAUGAUAAAGCAGAAGAACUGUAUGAACGAGCUUUAGACAUUCGGAGACGAGCCUUAGCUCCCGAUCACCCUUCUUUGGCUUAUACAGUGAAACAUCUUGCAAUCUUAUAUAAGAAAAUGGGGAAACUUGACAAAGCUGUACCUUUGUAUGAGCUGGCUGUGGAAAUCCGGCAGAAAUCCUUUGGCCCAAAGCAUCCCAGUGUAGCCACUGCCUUGGUAAACUUAGCUGUUCUCUAUAGCCAAAUGAAAAGACACAUUGAAGCCUUGCCAUUAUAUGAAAGAGCAUUAAAGAUUUAUGAAGACAGCCUGGGUCGGAUGCAUCCUCGAGUUGGAGAAACAUUAAAAAAUUUAGCUGUGCUUAGCUAUGAAGAAGGGGAUUUUGAAAAAGCUGCUGAACUAUACAAAAGGGCGAUGGAAAUAAAAGAAGCAGAAACGUCACUUUUGGGUGGAAAAGCUCCUUCUCGACACUCAUCAAGUGGAGACACAUUUAGUUUGAAAACAACCCAUUCUCCUAAUGUUUUCCUUCAUCAAGGACAAAGGUAGUAGCAGCAAUUACAAUUCAUUGCAAAUGCACCUUAGGAUAAAAUAAUUAAGAAACAUUUGAAACAUUAGAAUUUAAAACUUAUGUUUUUAAGAAAUUUUGUUUUUACUUUGUAAUUUACUUGAUAUGUGUAUGAAAUUGUACUAGACUACAUUGAAGUUUGAAUUGUGAUUAUGUCAGUUUUAGUUAACAUUAUUAAUUUCUGUAUUGUAUGGGAUCCAAGGAUAUAAACACAUUAGAAUCUUAGACAUGAAGAAUAGAUUGGUUUCUAUUUCAACAAGAGCUGGCAGAGCAGUUAAGUUCAAAAAUUCCAUGAUUCUUUUCAUCUCUCAAAAGCUGCUUUAGCCUCCUCGUUCCUUGUCUAGCUUUUCAGCAUUAGUCUGGUCCAAUUUUCUACCUCAAAGAAAAGUUGCAAGGAAUAAAGGGAUAAAGUUUAUGAAAAGUAUGACUUCUCUUCUGUAAAAUGAACUUGUAACAGGAAUCUCUGACUCCUACAUUCUUUUUAUUCUAUCUUUUCUUUGAGCAGAAUGGGCCAAGCCCUCUGCUUUCCGUGCUCUCUACAUUGUAUAAUACAUUAUUUUACUGUGUAGUAUGUACCUGUAUAAUCUGAAGUCAUUAAUGUAUUAACACAUCAAGCUCGAUGGCAUUCUUUGACCUUACCCAAAAUAUGGACAUGACAUUCUCCUCUCUUCUUUCUUAAGUGGACUAAAUCUAUCUCUUCAUCAUUUAUCUCAAACUCAAAUUACUCUGCCGUUUUAUACUGAAAAUUAAGUAUUUUUUAUAAAUAUUGCCACAGUUUGGAUAUUGUUUUGUACCAUAUGUAUUUAUAUAUAAUAAAAAUCUUCAAUUUUCAUACUUGUAAGAUUCCAACAUGUAUUAAUUGUAAAUAUGAAAGAUAAUAACCAUAUCUUAGUUUUAAAACAAAAAGUGCAAUUUCAAGUUCUCUUUUUCCCACUCCAGUUUAUACAAGAAGAUUGUAUUUACAUAAUUAAGAAAUACAUUGAACAUUACAAAAAGGACUGUUGUCACUACUUGCUGAGUAGUUUGCUCAACUUGAGCUUCGGUGACUGUAUAGGAUUUUGGGUAAUGUUUCUUAAGGCCCGGCUACUUACAGGGUGGUCCAUGAACCAGCACCUGGGAGCUUACUAAAAAUCCAGACUCCUGAGCCUCUCCUCAGACCCACUGAAUCAGAAUCUGCUGUUUAUCUAGAUCCUCAGGUGAUUCGGAUGCACGUAAGUUUGAGAAGCAAUAUGUAACCUUAAUGCACUACAAGGGUGACGUAAUUCAGUAGGAUUUUAGAAAAUGAAUAUCCUUCUUCCCCCUUUUGGGAGAUGUUCAAGAGGGAAAAAAGUAGAAUAUGACCACAACCCAUCUUUCUGGGUUUGCCAGCUGUGAAAGGCACAAAGUAAUUAAAUUUACAAAUAUACCACUGAUUUUAGAAUUAAGCCAUUAGAGUUCAAAAUUUGCUUAUUUAGUGGUAUAAGUAAUUUAAUACAUUAUAUGUAAUAUAUUAAGUUGAAAUGCAUUAAAAAUUGCUUUAGGAAAUAAUCUGAGUUUAACAUACUAGAAGAUCCCUGAAAAAAGGAAAACUUAGCAAAAUAAUAAUGUCCAUUUAUUCUUUGUUCC